AUGGCAGAACUCGCGCUUGAGCUGAUCCGCACCACCGUGCGCGCCUUCUACCCGACAGAGCACGUCCUCGUCAUCGAUGCGCUCGCCGUUCUCUCCACCGCCUCCGACCAAGAUCUUGCUUCCAUCCUUGGGGUACAGCCCAAGCAGCUGCGACGGUCAUGUGGUCGCCUGAAGGAAGAUGGCCUGCUCAGCGUUCAGACACGGCAGGAGAAGCGGACCGACGGUACAAGCGGAUACAUGAUGCAGCCGGGCAAGGAGCGUAUGACGAAUAGGGACUGGUACUACCUCAACUACCACCGCGCUAUAGACAGCAUCAAGUAUCGCAUGUACAGGCUCGACAAGCACAUCGAGAGCAUGGGCGCGCCGACAACCGAGAAGAAAGAUCUUACCUGCUUGAGGUGCAAGUCGGCGUAUACAUAUCUAGAGGCCUCCGACUCCCUGGAUGCAGAGACCGGCGCAUUUAUAUGCAAGCGCUGCAAUGCCACGCUGGAGGAUAUCGACCAGGAGGAGCGCGCCAACGAGAACGAGAGCAUGAAACGGCUUAAUUUGCAGAUGCAGAAACUCACCAGCCUCAUGCAGCAGAUCGAUGCUGCAGUUGUGCCUGAGAACGACUUUCAAACAGCACUCAGCAAGCAGAUCAAGAUCGCGCGGACAGACGCCAACCCUGGUGCCAGGACCGAGACUGUCGAUGUACCCAAGGGCGGCAGCCUACAAAGCGCGAAGGGUAUCGAGAUUCAGCCAGAGAAGAUUGCAGUGCAGGUGCAAGACGAUGAGGACGUUAAGAGAGAGGCUGCCGCCAAGGACGAAGCUGCGAAGAAGGAGCGGGAGGCCAGACAGAACGCGCUACCCGAGUGGAUCUCUAAGAGUACCAUUACCGACAACAUGACAGUCGUAGGCGCGAAAGAAGCUGCAGAACGGAGGGCGCGUGAGGUGCACGCAGGCGGAGCGAUCAAGGAAGAAGGCGGCGAGAAGAAGCCCGACGCUGGCAAGCAAGACGACGUCAUGGCGGACUACUGGGCUCAAUUGGCAGCGGAGAAGGAGAAGGAGGCUCAGCAGACUCGUGAAGAGGAAGAGGAAGACGACGAUGAUGAGGACGAGUUUGAGUUUGAAGAUACGCUGGCAACUGGCAAUGCUACGCCUGCGAAUGGUGCAGCUGCGACUUCGACGGGCAUGAAUACGCCUCUCAAUGCUGAGAGUAGUAAUGCUACUGACGACGAGCGAGAUGCGAAGAGGCCGCGGGUCGACCAGGUGUCGAAUGGUGCGAAUGGAGCGGCUAAGCCUGCUGCUGAUACGCCUGCUGCAAGCGAUGAGGACGAAGACGAGAUGGACUUUGAGGAUGUCUGA